AUGGCGAAACCUCGAAAGAGCGCUGAAAUUUUGAAAUUGGAAGAAGUUGCAGAAAAAGGCUACGAUGGAAAAGCUGUGAGAGUUAUAGGAAGAUUGAAGAUGCAAGAUAAUGUCAAUUGUCUGGCUGUCUUAUCCAGCGUGGAACGUGACAGCACUGUAGAACUCACUGUUGACACUAAGUUAGUUAUGCCAGUCUCCUUACGCCCAUCCUCCCUUUAUCAGUUUUUUGGAGAACUGGAUGACUCCGAUGACCAUUUCAUUCUGCGAGCGCGAAUUGUUACAUGUGUUGAUGGUAUGGACGUAAUCCAGUACUACAAAGUAUUAGAUAUUCAACGGAAGUACCUUGCAAAUAGACAACCAAAAUACGAAAUGACUACCAAUACAGUUUGCCUUAAAGAUUUUCAUAGGACAACUGCUACGUCAUGUAAUCGCUUCUAGGAUGACUGAUAGUAUAGUGUUCACAUAUUUCAAAUGAAGGCCAAACUGUAAAUUAUUUGUGAAACUACCAAAACAACAAUAGUCAACAACUUAGUGACAAGUACAGCGCCCUCUCUUGAUGAUAUGAAAGAAGAAAUUACUUCUAAACAGGAAUGUUUUAUUUCUUUAAGACAUUCUCAUACCUAGUGUCAGAAUGUUCUCUUGAA